UCCAUCCCAAGAAGAAAAACAACUUUUUGGCUCAGAGCCUAUUGUUGGUGACAAUUGGUUAAUUUUUCCUUUUGUCACCUUCAACAUUCCUCUCCUUUAGCAAAAUUGAACAUAAUCCCAACGAGGAAGAGGAAUAGCAUUGUGUUACAUCAUAUCAAACCAUUUAUGAUCUUAUGAUCAUUCAUCUGUUACUGGAUUUACCAAGUACAGAAGAAACCAACUAAUAGAAAGAAAAAGAAAAAAGAAAAUUGUUAGCUAGUUAUUGUUCCUUAAAUCUUCCAAAAUGAAUGACCUAUUCUCAGGCUCCUUCAAGAAAUACACUGAUUUGAAGGAGCAGGCCUACCUUGAUGAUGUGGAGGCUGGGAAGGAAACUGUUAACCUUGACAAAUUCUUUGAAGAUGUGGAGAAUGUGAAAGAAGACAUGAGAGUGGUUGAGAAGCUCUACAGAAAAUUGCAAGAGGCUAAUGAAGAGAGCAAAAUUGUCCACAAUGCUAAAACAAUGAAGGACCUUCGAGCCCGAAUGGACAAAGAUGUUGAGCAGGUUCUCAAACGAGUGAAGCUCAUCAAGGGAAAGCUUGAAGCAUUGGAACGUUCCAAUGCUUCCAAUAGAAACAUUCCAGGGUGUGGUCCUGGUUCUUCAGCGGACAGAACCAGGACCUCAGUGGUGAGUGGAUUGGGGAAGAAACUCAAGUCCAUGAUGGAUGAUUUUCAAGGAUUCAGAGCAAGGAUGCAAGAAGAGUACAAGGAAACAGUUGAAAGAAGGUACUUCACCAUCACAGGAGAAAAAGCUGAUGAAGAAACCAUUGAGAAUUUGAUAUCAAGUGGAGAGAGUGAGAGUUUUCUUCAGAGAGCUAUCCAGGAACAGGGUAGGGGUCAGAUUAUGGACACCAUAUCAGAAAUUCAAGAGAGGCAUGAUGCUGUUAAGGAAAUAGAGAAGAACUUGAUUGAGCUUCAUCAAGUGUUUUUGGACAUGGCUGCACUUGUGGAGUCUCAGGGUCAACAACUCAACAACAUAGAGAGUCAUGUGGCGCAUGCUAGUUCUUUUGUUAGACGAGGCACGGAUCAACUUCAAGAAGCUAGAGUGCACCAGAAGAGUUCCAGGAAGUGGACUUGCUACGCCAUUCUUCUUGGUCUUGUCCUUGUCAUUGUGCUCCUUUUUCCUCUCUUGACAUCCCUUCUACCACACUUGUUGCGAUGAAGUGCGUUCGUGGAAAACCUUCUAUAAUUGAUUGAUUCUGAAGUCAAAAUCAGUUCUUCGGAGAGCAGCUUUUGGGUUUUAGGAUUGAUGCUGAUGAAAGAGAAGUUGAUCCAAAGAUGAUGAUAACUAGAAGAAAGGGAGCAGGAUUGAUGAAUAUUAGAGAGUAUUUAAUCUCAGCAUAGUUACAUUUUGCAUUCUGAAAUGCUCAUGCCUCAUUGUUAUACAUAGAUUGCAUGAGCAUGCUUGAAAAUCCUUCUACAAUUGAUUUUACAUCCAAAAUCAGUUCUGUGAUGAAGUUUCUCUAAGUAGCUUCUAGAUGUCAGAAAUAAUUAACUAUGAGAAGCAAAGAAGAAAUAGAGUCAAGCUGUUCUGAAUUUUUUGGCAAGGAACUGAAAUAGCAAAAGAGAGCAAUGCCAAACAUGAAGUUUGUACACAUUUUAUCAUGGUUCCACUUCUGGAUCAGCUUCUUUUCUUUUCUUUUCUCUUCUAUUUUAGAUUGUUUUCUUACCUUACGUACAAGAACUUGGUAUCUAGUAUAGUCAGAAUGUCAGAUGAUGCUCCAAGAGAAAUCACAUUGUGCUCCACUGGUACUAAAGAUGUGGAUAGCUAGUGCCACUGGAAAUUGACUUGAAGCAAACCCUCACAAAGGUGUGUUGUAUGGCAUUUACCGAGCUUAAAAUUAAACCAUCAUUGGCCCGUUUGGUUAUACGUUUCCUUUUUCAUUAAGUGUGUUUAAAUUACUUUU